UAUGAUUAUUCAAAUUCUCUCUUUUUAAAAAAAAUUAAAAAAAAAAAAAAAAAAACUUGAUUUUACCCUCUACAUAUAGUUGGGUUGGAGGAAAAUUCAGAGUUUUUCUUUGCUAAGGCCUUGCUUGGUUCUCCCUCCAUUUUUGAAGAAGAAGAAGAAGAAGAAGAUCAAGAAGAAAAAAAUAGGGUUUUUUUUCUUUGUAUUUUUUUUUUUCUUUUUCUUUUUUUAAGAGAUGAAUAGAGGGGUUUUGCAAAGCUCAGUUAUGCAACAAAUGAUGGGUUCAGAAAACCCUAAUUGGUGGAAUAUGAUGAAUAUUAGUGGAGGUUUGAGAAGCACAACCACACAACAAUCUUCUCCUAAUAAUAAUCAUAAUAAUAAUUCUCCCAAUAUUCUUUUCCCUCACUCUUCACUUCCUUUUCCUUCUAAUUGUUACUAUGAUGUUCAAGAUCAUCACCACCUUCCUGAAUCUUGGAGCCAACUCCUCUUGGGUGGAUUGGUAGGUGAAGAUGAUCAAAAGGGUUGUAUGGGAAUGUUUCAAUCCAAGAAAUUAGAGGGUUGGGAAGAAGAGAUUUUGAAUAGUAACAAUAACAACAACACUCAACAAAACCAAGUUGAUGUCAAGAAAGAACACUCAGCUCAAGCAAGUAACUAUGUGUAUGGACACGGUGGCGACGAUUAUCAAUUGGUGGCUCAAAAACAAAAUUGGUCUCCUAUGAUACAAUCUUCUUCUCCUCAGUCAUGUGUGACAAGUUUCAGCAGUAAUAUGUUGGAUUUUUCAAACAAUAACAAUAACAACUCUCUUGUUGAUCAUUCUCGUCCUAGACAUCCUCCUCAACUAGAUCGCUCUUCCGAGUGUAACAGCAAUGUAACUGGUGGGGCAGUGAAGAAGGCAAGAGUUCAAUCCUCGAACCAAACCACUUUCAAGGUAAGGAAGGAAAAAUUGGGUGACAGAAUUACAGCUCUCCACCAGCUAGUUUCCCCAUUCGGGAAGACUGACACAGCUUCAGUUUUGUUAGAAGCUAUUGGAUACAUCAGAUUCCUUCAGAGUCAAAUUGAGGCUCUGAGCUUACCCUACUUGGGCAAUGCUUCGGGAAGUACGAGGCAGCAGCAGCAACAACAACAUUCUGUUCAAGGAGAAAGAAAUUGUGUUUUUCCUGAGGAUCCUGGCCAGCUCUUGAACGAGAAUUGCUUGAAGAGGAAAGGAGUCUCUGAGCAGGAUGAAGAGGGAAAGAAGGAUUUGAGGAGUAGAGGGUUAUGUCUGGUUCCUGUGUCCUGCACCCUGCAAGUUGGGAGUGACAAUGGAGCCGAUUAUUGGGCACCGGCGUUUGGUGGUGGCGGCGGCGGUGGUGGUUUCCGGUAGACGACUGGGGCGGGUGGGAAGAAUUUGAUAGGGCAAGUUACAGCAUAACCCUUCAAGACUAAAAAAAGGUCAGAGAAUUAAAGAAUGGAGAGAGCUACAUUAUGAAACUGAUAUAACAUCAUGAGCAGUCAAUCUGCUAAAGAAAAACAAAGGCUGAUUGCUCAUGAUGCUAUGCAAAUUAAAACAUACUCCAACCAUGCAAAAAAAAAAAAAAAAAUGAGAAAGAAAAAAAGAGGUAUAUUAUUAUACAAAGAGUGCUGUAGCAGAUGCUUUAAAAAAUCUAAUCUUUUCUUAAGUAAUAUUGUGGUUUAUUUUAAUCUUAAUUAGUUUAUAA